AUGACAAUGCCAAUGAGGAUGGUGUUAGCAACUCUGGUUUUGGGAUGGUUGUGGGUCUAUGCCGUUGUCAUCAUGGGAGAUUUUGGAACUGCAACAUCCUACGACCCUCCGUACCUCCCCACAAGAUGCCGGGGCUACAACAGAGAACAGUUUCCAGAGAAUGGUUUGUUUGCCGCGGCGAGCCAAGCGGUGUGGGACAAUGGUGCGGCAUGUGGUCGGAAGUACCAAAUCCAGUGCUUGAGCAGCCUCAGACACCCAUGCAAAGACGGCACUAUAGAAGUAGAGAUUGUUGAUUUGUGUCGAAACAAUCCAUGCCCGGCUAUGCUGGUCUUAUCUAACAUUGCCUUUGAGGCCAUUUCGAGGACCCCCAACACCAAAGUUGGCAUCAAUUUUGCUCAGUAA